UGCAACCGGCGCCGCAGGCAUGGCCAGCUCGUGUGCCGUCCAGGUGAAGCUGGAGCUGGGUCACCGAGCCCAGGUCAGGAAGAAACCCACCGUGGAGGGCUUCACACACGACUGGAUGGUGUUUGUUAGAGGGCCCGAGCACAGCAACAUUCAGCACUUUGUGGAGAAAGUCGUCUUUCAUCUGCACGAGAGCUUCCCCAGGCCGAAAAGAGUGUGCAAGGAUCCACCCUACAAAGUUGAAGAAUCUGGGUAUGCUGGUUUCAUUUUACCAAUUGAGGUUUACUUCAAAAACAAGGAAGAACCUAAGAAAGUUCGAUUUGACUAUGACUUAUUCCUGCACCUUGAAGGCCACCCACCUGUAAAUCACCUCCGCUGUGAAAAGCUCACAUUCAACAACCCGACAGAGGAAUUCAGAAGAAAGCUGCUAAAGGCAGGAGGGAUCAUGGUAAUGUCAGAUGGCACAUCAUUCUCUUCAGGACAGAGCCUUCAUCUCCCCAACCUUCUAAGUAACUCCCUGUCUUUUUCUGAAGUGAAGAAGAAAUCAUCUCAUGGGCCAAAGGACCCAACUAGGAUUCUGAACACAAAUAGCAGCAGCAGCAGUUGUAACAGUUUUUCAAAGACCCACAAAUUAACAAAGGAGCACAAGGAAAAAACUUCUAAAGACUCAAAAGAACAUAAAAGUGCCUUCAAAGAACCUUCCAGGGAACACAACAAAUCUUCCAAAGAAUCCUCUAAGAAACCCAAAGAAAACAAACCACUAAAAGAUGAAAAAGUAGUUCCUAAGAUGGCCUUCAAGGAACCCAAGCCCAUGUCCAAGGAGCCAAAAUCUGAAAACACCCCCAUCCUUACCAUAACAGGUGGGCAGCAGCAAGAAAAGAAGACCCCCACAAAAAGGCCCUCUGUUCUGGACUCUGAUGAACCUUCUGCAAAAAAAAGAAAAAGAAGUGGCUCAGAUUCAUUAUUUAAAAGUUUUUCUAACACUCCACCACUGAUUCUUACUUGUUCAGCUGACAAAAAACAGGCAAAGGAUAGAUCUCAACUCAAGGUGGGGAGAGUCAAAAUUGAAAAUGAUGCACUGGAAAAGAAGACGCCUACUCUGCCACCGUUUGAUGAUAUUGUAGAUCCUAAUGAUUCUGAUAUGGAGGAAAACAUGUCCUCCAAAUCUGAAUCUGAACAGCCCAGUCCUGCCAGUUCCAGCUCCAGUUCCAGUUCCAGUUUUACGCCUUCUCAAAACAGCAGACAACAAGGUCCGUUGAGGUCUAUAAUGAAAGAUCUGCAUUCAGAUGAUAAUGAAGGUGAAUCAGAUGGAGCAGAUGAGAAUGACAAUGAUUCUGAGCUGGAUCGACCUGUAAAUACACGAGGAGGAAGCAGGAGUCGCAGGGUUAGUCUGAGUGAUGGCAGUGACAGUGACAGCAGUUCAGCUUCCUCUCCGUUACAUCAUGAACCAGCACCACCUUUACUGAAAACCAAUAGCAACCAGAUUUUAGAAGUGAAAAGUCCAGUAAAGCAAAACAAAUCUGAUAAACAAAUAAAGAAUGGGGAUUGUGAUAAGGCAUAUCUCGAUGAACUAGUAGAGCUCCACAGAAGAUUAAUGACGUUGAGAGAGAGGCAUGUACUGCAGCAGAUAGUAAAUCUUAUAGAAGAAACUGGACACUUUCAUAUCACAAAUACAACCUUUGACUUUGAUCUUUGCUCACUGGACAAAACUACAGUUCGUAAACUACAGAGUUAUCUGGAAACAUCUGGAACAUCCUGA